AUCAGCCCAUUUUCAGGGCAGAAGAGUCACUCCUGGAUACAUUUUGCACACCCAUCCCCCACUCUCCCGCUUGACCAAGGAACCCGCACCCGCACGUGCCCCCUUCUCAGUCUGAAUGUCCCCAACCUUCCAUUGGCUGACCUCCUGGCAUUCUUGCUCCAACUGGCCCCUUUCUCUCACUCUCCACCAGCGAAUCCCGCCACUCAUCCAGAGCAGAUGACGUCCAUUCGGUCUGGCAGUGGACGAUCCUAUCCCCCCCUCUUGUGAGGGCCUGGAUCGAACCUGCCUCCCCCUGCCCCUCAUUCCCGUGGGCAGCCUCAGGCAGACAUCAACCCCUCACUGUCCCCUGUCCCUGUCACCAUCAGUCUGUGCCUGGCACCCCCCCACCCCUGUUGAGUCUCGAUGCUUCCAGCAACGGGAAAGGGUUCUCUCCCUCUCUACUCCCUCACAGAUUCCCCUUGAGUUAGAUCUCCUCCCCUCCCCCAGUAUCUUUGAGAUCCCCCUCUCUCCUCCCUAUCCUUACGCUGAUGCUUUGCAAAAUUCCCCCAGUGCUUUGAAAUGUGCUUCGUUCCCACAGAACCUGUUUGUCUGGAUGGGAGCCAAGUGUCAGAUUAAAAUAUCCAGGAUUGUGAAAUGAGCUAGCUGACGGCGGGGGUGAAACUGUGCGGGGUGUGUGUGUUGGUGCUGAGAUUCAGUUACAGUGCUGAAUCACGGCGUCAGGUAAAGCUCAACCCUAUCGAUCUGCCUCUGAGCGACCCUCCGAUUCCCAUCGCACCAUCUGGGAGCGCGCAGGAGAGGGACCCACACGCUCACGCGCCAUGGAAUUCUGCGGGAUCUGCCUUCUCAUCCUGGCGACGGCAGUCAGGGCACAGAUUGAGGUCAGCGCAGUGACAGAGAGUGUGUACUACGUCCACACUGCACAUUCCGAGAACAUCCUGGACAUUUUCAGCAUAAACUACGUCCCGUUCCUGUUCUACAAUUACGGAGCACAGACGUUCGUUAUCAAUGGCCAAGUGACGGACGGGAUCCGGGAGCUGGGUCAGGAGGAGGUAGAUUAUUACCAUGAGAGAGCACGUGGUUUCCAAGCCCGGCUAAGGGGCACAACCAGGGAGAUGAUCCACUUGACAAACUUCACUGCCAUCACCAAGAAGAAACCGUCUGUGCACAUCUACAUGGAGCAGAACGGUGGCCCGGGACAUUCGGACAUCCUGUACUGUUAUGCAGAGAAAUUCUAUCCGUUCGGGAUUGAGCUGAAUUUCCUGGUCAACGGGAGGCCGUUUCGGGGCCAGGUGAACUCAUCACAGUUAGUGGUGGAACCAGACUGGACAUUUAACAUCCUGAAAUAUAUCCGGAUGGAGUGGGGCAGUGGGGACACCUACACCUGCCGUGUGGAUCACAUCAGUCUGCAACAGCCUCUCACUGUUUCACUCGGUAGGUCAGACACAGGGUCGCUGUCUACUGCCCUGAUCCAGACCUAG